GCCCCCGCCGCGCCCUGCGCCCGCCCUUGCUAGCAGGCGCCUCCCGCCCCCCGCAUUGCUGAUGCUGCUGCUGGCCGACAUGGACGUGGUGAAUCAGCUGGUGGCUGGGGGUCAGUUCCGGGUGGUCAAGGAGCCCCUCGGCUUCGUGAAGGUGCUGCAAUGGGUCUUUGCCAUCUUCGCCUUUGCCACAUGCGGCAGUUACAGUGGGGAGUUCCAGCUGAGUGUGGACUGUGCCAACAAGACCAAGAGUGACCUCAACAUCGAGGUCGAAUUCGAGUACCCCUUCAGGCUGCACGAAGUGUACUUUGAGGCACCCACCUGCCAAGGGGACCCUAAAAAAAUCUUCCUGGUGGGGAACUACUCCUCAUCAGCUGAAUUCUUUGUCACCGUGGCUGUGUUUGCCUUCCUCUACUCCAUGGGGGCUCUGGCUACCUACAUCUUCCUGCAGAACAAGUACCGAGAGAACAACAAAGGGCCCAUGCUGGAUUUUCUGGCCACGGCAGUGUUUGCCUUCAUGUGGCUGGUUAGCUCAUCGGCCUGGGCCAAGGGGCUGUCAGACGUGAAGAUGGCCACAGACCCAGAGAACAUUAUUAAGGGGAUGCAUGUCUGCCACCAGCCAGGGAAUACAUGCAAGGAGCUGAGGGACCCUGUGACCUCUGGCCUCAACACCUCGGUGGUGUUUGGCUUCCUGAACCUAGUGCUCUGGGUCGGCAACCUGUGGUUCGUGUUCAAGGAGACAGGCUGGGCCGCCCCAUUCCUGCGCGCUCCUCCUGGUGCCCCCGAGAAGCAACCAGCGCCCGGGGACGCCUAUGGCGAGACAGGCUACGGGCAGGGCCCCGGCGGGUACGGGCCCCAGGACUCCUACGGGCCCCAGGGCGGCUAUCAGCCAGACUACGGGCAGCCGGCCAGCAGCGGCGGCAGUGGCUAUGGGCCUCAGGGCGACUACGGGCAGCAAGGCUACGGCCCUCAGGGUGCACCCACAUCCUUCUCCAAUCAGAUGUAGUCUGGUCAGUGCAGCCUGGGAGGACCCCAUGGGUAGGCAAGAGCUCAGGAGAAGGCCUGCCCCCACUUACCACCCCUACACCCCAGGUCUCCACCCCUCAAGCCAGGAGACCCUUAACUGUCUUUGCUGUUUAUAUAUAUAUAUAUUAUAUAUAAAUAUCUAUUUAUCUGUCUAAGCCCUGCCCCCGCUCCACUCCCCUUGUGCAUUAAGGACCCGAUCUUGAGUGGGCCCUUCUCUUACCCCUACCCCUUCCCCUUCAUCCUUUGGCCCCUGGCCCUGUGCCCUGAGGUUGGGGGGACUCUUUAAGGGGCACAGAGAGGAGACAGAAGGCUGCGUGGGGAGGGUGGGUGUGAGUUCAGACUAUCUCCCCUUUCUUCCUCUCCUCCUCCUGACUCUGGCCUUGAUUUCCUCCAGCAAUUCCUGAACAGGGGCCAUUAGGGAAAAUCCAACACUAAAGAGGGAAGAAAGGCAGAGACUGGGUGAGCCUGGGACCCAAGGUGGUCUUGGAGAGGAGUUCUGGAGUGGAGGAGACUAAUAAGCUGAUGGGUUGGGUUCCAGACAUACUGGAUUUGGAGUCUCAAGAAGAAGGGUGCCCUACAGCAUUCUAGAAUGGGGCUUGGAAGGAGGCUGAGGGUGGGGGUCUAGAAGGGAUGGAGCUUUAAGUGAGGCAGUGGUAGGGCCCACAGUGGGCAGGGUUUAGAGUAGGACAGAGUUCUAAGGAAGAAGUGUGACUUGAGACCCGGGAACCAGGUAGAGAAAAAUGCUGAGGGCUGGUUUUAGAGAGGGUGGGGCUUGAACUAGACAGUGGAUGAGGCUCCAGAGGGGACGGGUCUCGGAUUGGGACCAGAAUCUAUGAAAGGGGUGUGACUUGGAACAUUCCAUAGACUGAGUUUGAUUCUAAAGGGGGCAGACCUUGGGCAAGCCUAGAAGUGGGGUUCAGGAAUGGGCCAAACUUGGAGUGAGGUCAUGGUGGGGAUUCUAGACAGUUGGGGGCUCAUAGUGGGGCCUGCCUGGUGGUUUCAAAAAGGGCAGCCCUGCCCCCACAAUGAAGCAGUGAAGAAAAUAUAUUUUAAA